AUGAAGCUGGCGGCGAACAGUUUUAAUAUCGCAGCGGUGCGCCGCCCCGCGCCGCGCAGAGCCGCCGAGCAGGAGUUGGCCGGGGCUGCCGCGGGCGCAGGCGGCGCACCAGCCACGCCGGGGAGGGACCCCACAUUGCGCCGCAGCGUGCCCAACACCGCAACCCGCACAGCAUCUGGCAGACAUCGCUCUCAACAGACGUCGGCGUUAUCAACUGCGCCCGCUGCUCGAUAUGUAUGCGGCAGAAAGGGCCGAAAGGCCGCGCCGGGCCGAGCAGCGCCGCGCCGCGCCGCGCAGAUAUUGAAGAGUGCCGAGAUUUACUGCCCUGCGUCGCUGAAAGGGCGGCCGAGGGUCCGAGGCGCGGAGGGCGGCCCAGCAGCUGCAGGGCCGGCCGCGCCGCGCGCAGCACCCUUUGUGCCCUUCCAGUCCUUCCCUCCGCCACUGGCUAUUAUGGAAAUUGGUUUGAACGUCCGGGCCGCGUUACCUCGUCUUCCCAGCGAGGCGGUAGUCUCCUACCGGCUGCCGUCGAGGAGCUAA